AUUCAAUGUUGUUGAGACCAAGUAUGGAAUAAAAUUUUUCAUUGCUACCUUUUCUCAGCGUUGAUUAGUAAUUAUAUACACAUGAACAUACAUAUGCAUAUACCGCUUGAAAGUAAUUAUUUCUUAUCAAGUGAAAUAUCAGGUCGUACGUGAUCAAGUCCGCUGCCGCAAGCGAACAAAGAUAUAACUCGUAUGAACUCCAUCACCUCAUCAGCCUGCAGACUGCGUGGAUCUUGAACCAUGUGCACCAUUCCCAGCCGUGCUUUUCGUCUUGGCGACUAUGCACUGUCUUCAAAACCCAUUUGAAAGUUUAGUGCCGUAUAAAACUACAUUAACUGCUGGCAAGGUGUUCAGUUUUACCUGUCCGUUACGAGCCGUGAAGGUUUCCUCUUUGACCGUCUGAAUUUCGGGAAAAAGCUCGCAUUUUACCAUAAAUUUUGCUUUUGAUUCGGUACGUUCGCAAACGGUGCAUCGCUAAUUUUCGCGCGUUUCUUAAACAGAAAGAAAGUGCUCCUUUGAGAAAAAAAUGGUGCUUUACGCGAAUAAAAUAUGCAUAUUUCUGUUGAUGGUUUUGGUGAGCGGUCAACUCGAAUCAGAAGAAUUCGCUUCCGAUACUCUUGGAGCAGAUAGCCAAGAGAUCUACAGAUAUGUAAAACUGCCUGCAAAGAGCAGCAAACAUAUUUCUCCAUUAGAGUACGAUGAAGACUACGAAUUCGAAUUUCAACCAGCUUCCAAAUCCUCACGUCCAAUUUACUUAUCAAAAGCGAAAGCACCCAAAUCUGUCUUCUCGCCAAACCCUAAAUUCUCAUCCUUUGCAAGCCAUCGUUCACUCAAUCCACGAUACAAAAACGUUUUCUUCAAGCAGCCAUCCACAUUCAAAAAACACCAGCAACUAUACAAACCCGUUCAUCCGAAUUUCCACACCGAUUUAGAGACGAUGAAACUCCCGUUGGCCGAGAGUGAAUUCAUUGCGAUAAGAAACCCAAAUCCUCAUGAUUUCAAAGGAAAUUUCAAACUCCAGGACGUGCCCAACCUGUAUUCUCUCCACAGGGAAUUCCUAGAGUCAGCAUCGCCAAAACAGAUCCUAAACUACUAUGAAGAUCAACAGAAAGAAGAUGACGAAAAACUUGAGUUACAACUCCUGAACGACCCCAGCCCUCAAGCAAAAGCGAAAUACCAACAAUUCUUGAAAUCCAAAGAGGACGAAAGAAUCGAGAAAGAAUAUCUUGAGGAGCUAGUAAAGAAAGACAGACAGCCUGGUACCAGCUACGAUCCCGUCAGAGUUGAACCACCUGAGUUCAUCAAGAAGCCCGAAACUCCUGGAUUAAGACACUAUCGAACAUUAAAUACGGACCCAAGUGCAUACGAGUUUGAAGUAACAUUCUCGUAGACCCAGACACUUUACUUGCGGAAAUACUAAUUAAGUAUUACUUCGAUAUAUUGAACGUUUCAAUUGGAAACUAUAAUUUAUUGUAACGAUAACGAUAGACAUUAUAAGUAUGGUACAAUGUGUAAAUAAGCUUCUGCCGCUGGAUAAAAGUAUUUUUU